CGCCAUCCAUUCCUCAAAGUUAUACACCAUCCGUUUCUCGAGAUAAAACUGUUUCGUGCAAGAAACAACAUGAUGCUUCCGAUAAACCUUGCUACACGCCUCGUAUCAUGAGCAGGAGAUUCGCCCUGACAUCCACUGCAUACAAAUACUUGGAUGUUGGAAUCUGCGUGGUAUCUGGUGCAUCCUAUGUGGAAAUCAUUCUCGGCGACAAUCGCGGAAAUCGGAUGGCGUUAGAUUAUUCAAUGUGGACGGAAUUGAACAAGAAACGCACAGAAAUUGAGCAGCUCUUGAAAACAGCAGAUGCGUCAUCGCCAUCAUCAUCGAUGCAUAUUAACGAUUUAGUUUUAGAACUCGUCACAAUGUACGACGGAAAAAUUGUAAAGUUAACAUUUAACAAUACUUGCAUGUAUAGGAAAGUACCAACUGUAUUAUUUUUAUUCCAACUCGAACAUUGUGUCGGGCACGUAUAUCGCAAACUGUGUGACAAGUUAGGCGAUAUAGAUCAAAGCUUCGAUCAACUUGUGAGCUGCUUACAUGGCAAUUUGAUCGGUGUCGAAAGAGACGAUGCAGUUAGAAUACUGCACAACUGGUAUGACAAAUCUUCGGCCAUAGAUUGUGAACUAAUAGCAUAUGUCGUAGAUGAAAUUAUUGCUGAGGCUUUUAAACGAGAUGAGAACGAUAAAUUUAUAAUUGAAAAUAAAAAUUUAUUGUUUGACUAACAUUUUUCUU